AUGGUUGUCCACAGGGAAUCUCUUCCUCGUCUUAGAGACAAAAACGAGCUGAGAAUAGUACUGAAAGAUACGAAGCGACGCUUGGAAAAACGAUUUAAAGCUAGUCAAUUCACUGAAUGGCAAAAAAACAAGAAGGGCACAUGCACAAUUCAAAUUUGGCGUCAAGGUCUAAAUGCGCAUAAGAAAGGUUUUUACAUCGAGAGUGAGAUAUCUUUAGUAACCUACUUGGCUUCGGUGCUACACGUUGAGCAGCCCCGUCAACAAACUGAGACCGAGGAUAUUACCGAGGGUCUUCGGAUUCUAUUUCUGGAACUAUUAAUUCAAGAUGGGCUUGAAAUCGAAGGAGACGGGUUACCAUGGUUUCUCUCAAUCUCGCCAAUCUCGUCAUUCUUGGUUAGAUUGAAUCUGGAUGCGAUUCCCCCUCUGGCUAAUCAUUUGUGCGCGUUUUCGACGAUAGUCAGUAUCCAGACCACGUUUAAUGGGAUACCUGUCGAAGCACCACUUCCAACAAUCAUAAAACGAAUAUCGGGGUUGAGGUUCUGCCCAGACUCUCAUAUUCGCAUCAAGAACCUCCUCAACUUUCUUGAAGAGGUGGAUCAGUAUCAAAAUACAGCCAAUAUGCAAUUGCCUCAUCGUGCACCUGAGGAUCCAUAUCAAAGACGACCAUCCGAGUCAUUGAAAUCUUUCCUGGACAGUCUAGAUCAGCCACAACCCCUGCCAUAUCCCCCUAAUUCAAAUACUUUUCGAACCUCUCCACACAUCGGACGACCAGUCGACCCCGACAACAGCCAAGCCCAAGAGCCAGGUUCAGUGCCCGAAUCGAUACCGGAUGUGCAGUUCUGGGACCAUGGAUUUAACGCCCACGAAUUCACCUAUGACGGGGAUCUCUGUUCAAUUGUUAUGGACUAA